AUGGUUGAAACUGAUCAAAUUGGCAAUUCCACUGAGGGGAGCGGCUCGAUUGUGCGGCCCCCUAAGACCAUGCGCAUUUUGAUAUGUGGAUGUUGGGAUUUGAUGCAUACUGGUCACUUCAACGCCAUCAGACAAGUUUCUACCAUUGGUCGUGAAAUUGAAGAGGAAAAGAAAGAGGAAGGAGAAACGGUCCACGUUGAAGUUGUGGCUGGAAUUCACCCUAACAAGGAAAUACGACGAGUGAAAGGAGGCGAGUUUGUAUGCUCUGAAGAGGAGAAGGAGGCAAUGUUGUGGGCGUGUAAAUGGGUGGACGACAUAGUGCAUGACGUUCCUUACAAGCCUCUCACAGUCGAAUUCUUGGAUGAGCAUCGCAUUGAUUACGCAGUUCACGGUGAUGAUAUCGCGAAAGCUUCUGAUGGUACUGAUAUGUAUGGUUACGUUAAAAAGGCUGGCAGGUAG